UCUCCCCCUACCCUCUGCAUAAUCACGACGAGUAACGCGUCAUGUCCCUCCAGCCAGCCCCAGAGCCACCGACCCCACUCGGGCGCUACCGUCCGCUCUCGCCGCUCGCGGGCGUGCAUGUGUCGCCGCUGCAGCUCGGCGCGAUGUCCAUCGGCGACAAGUGGGGGCCGCUCGGCAUGGGAACGAUGGACAAGGCAAGCAGCUUCGAGCUCCUUGACGCCUACUUCGACGCCGGCGGCAACUUCAUAGACACCUCGAGCAACUACCAAGACGAGAGCUCAGAAGAGUUCAUCGGAGAGUGGAUAGAGGGGCGCAAGAUCCGCGAGCAAAUCUUCGUUGCAACCAAGUACACGACUUACUAUAAACACACCGCCCCUGGGAUUCAGCAGAAGAUCCACUUCGUGGGCAACAACGCCAAGUCGCUGCGCAACAGCGUCGAGGCGUCGCUGCAGAAGCUGCGCACGACGUACAUCGACCUGCUCUACGUGCACUGGUGGGACUGGAACACCUCCGUCGAGGAGGUCAUGAACGCCCUCCACCACCUCGUCGCGAGCGGCAAGGUCCUCUACCUCGGCAUUUCCGACACGCCGGCGUGGAUCGUAUCCAAGGCGAACCAGUACGCGCGCGAUCACGGCAAGACCCCGUUCUGCAUUUAUCAGGGUCAGUGGAACGUCCUCCAGCGCUCCUUCGAACGCGAGAUCAUUCCCAUGGCCCGCAACGAAGGCCUUGCGCUUGCCCCAUGGGACGUGCUCGCGAGCGGCAAGCUGCGCACGGACGCGGAGGAAGCGCAUAGGCGCGAGACCGGCGAAAAGGGGCGCACUAUGUUCGGUGGGCAGUGGGAGCGCACGGCGGACGAGCGCGCGAUGAGCGCGGCGCUCGAGACCGUUGCGCACGAGCUCGGCGCGCAGAGCAUCCAGGCCGUGGCGAUCGCGUACCUGCUGCAGAAGACGCCGUACGUGUUCCCGAUCGUCGGCGGGCGCAGGGUCGCGCACCUGCGCGCGAACAUCGAGGCGCUCACGCUGUCGCUCUCGCGCGCCCAGAUCGCGCGCAUCGAGGGCGUGCUGCCGUUCGACCCCGGGUUCCCCGCGACGCUCAUCGGCGACGGGACGACGAAGCACUGGAUGGUCCAGCUCGCCGCGCAGACGGACAAGUGGCCCCUCCCGGAGCCCAUCCGGCCUGCGCAGAAGGAAGAAAAUGCGCCCUCCAGCCAGCCCUCGUCCUGAUGAAUGGGAACGGGAGUGUCGGGAGCUUUGGAGGACGUUCACGGUCGGUUUUGAAGGGUAGAAAGUCGCGUCUCAAAUUUCGCGUCCUACCUCGACCAAUGAUUUUUUGUAUAACGAAUUUCUGCGUCGAUCACGAAUGACAGUCGCGUCUCUCACACGUUCCUUUCAUGUU